CCUAUCCCACAAUGCCUCGCGGCGUGGUGCCGGGUCCGGCGCAUGCGCAGUAGCGUCUGUCAACAGCAGGCGGCGAGAGAAAAGCGGCGACGUCGCUCGAGCUGCAUAAUAGGCGAGCUUUCACCUUUCCCAUUCACCGUUUCAAGGCCGAGGAGCUUGAGGGAGGAGAGGGGGCCUCUGAUGGAGCGGCGGAUCACCGCGUCAGGAGGCCUGCCCGGUCUCACGCCGGAGCAAUCGAGCUAACUUGCAUCGUUGAUGUAGUCAGCAGUUGAUUGAAUUGGUUUGUGCAAAUACUUUGAGUUUAUGGGCAUGACAGGAUGAAACGCAACAGACAUUUAAGCAGCAGUGACAGUUCAGACAAUGAGAAGCAUUACUUAAUCGGGGAAGAACUGCAGAAAGUUGAAAGACAGAGACUUGGAGCACUUGUGCAUGAACACAGAAAGCUAGGUACAACAGGCCCUUCAACUUCGUUGUCCUCUCAUUCAAAGUACAGGAGUGACCGGCAUGCCUUGUCACGUGGGAAGAAGAAGCCUGCUGAGGUAUUUAGGAAGGACCUCAUCAGUGCCAUGAAGAUUCCAGACUCCCACCAUGUGAACCAGGAUGAAUAUUAUCUCUUGGCUGAUCAAUGGAAGCAGGAGUGGGAGAAAGGUGUUCAGGUUCCAGCCAGUCCAGAAACCAUUCCAAAUCCAUCUGUUAGGGUCAUUGUGGAAAAGGUGAAGGAGACUUUGUUCACUAAACCGCGGAAGUAUAUCCGCUGUUCUAACACUGAACCUUCAGACCCUGGAUAUGUUAACAUCCUGGAACUGGCAGACACUGUGUGCCGUUACGACUUGGAUGAUGUGGACAUUUAUUGGUUACAUGCGGCAAAUGAAGAACUGAGGGAAAUGGGAUGUGGUUUGAUCCACGAAUGCACAAUGGAGAAAACUAUAGAAGCACUGGAGCGUCACUGCUAUGAAAACAUGAACCAUGCCAUUGAGACUGAGGAAGGGCUGGGAAUUGAGUAUGAUGAAGAUGUUAUCUGUGAUGUAUGUCGUUCCCCUGAUAGUGAAGAGGGCAAUGAGAUGGUCUUCUGUGAUCGGUGUAAUAUCUGUGUCCAUCAAGCAUGUUAUGGGAUAUUGAAAGUGCCUGAAGGUAGCUGGCUGUGUCGCACUUGUGUACUUGGAAUUUAUCCUCAGUGUCUUCUGUGUCCAAAGCAAGGUGGAGCAAUGAAAGCUACACGUGCUGGGACCAACUGGGCACACGUAAGCUGUGCUUUGUGGAUACCUGAGGUCAGCAUUGCCUGCCCUGAAAGAAUGGAACCAAUUACAAAGGUGUCUCACAUUCCACCAAGCCGAUGGUCAUUAGUCUGCAGCCUUUGCAAAUUAAAGACUGGUGCCUGCAUUCAGUGUUCAGUAAAGAGCUGCAUCACAGCCUUUCAUGUAACUUGUGCUUUUGAGCAUAGUCUGGAGAUGAAGACUAUCUUGGAUGAUGGUGAUGAGGUAAAGUUCAAGUCUUACUGUCUCAAGCACAGCAAAAAUAGACAGAACCAAGAAGGUGACUCUGAACAAAAUGCAAAAAUACAUGAGCAGAAACAGAAACAGACUGAAACAGAGAAGAAAGGUUUGCGUGCACAGAAGCUUCAGGAGCUAGAAGAAGAAUUUUACACUUUGGUAAAGGUUGCUGAUGUGGCUAGUGAACUGCAUCUCUCUGAGCAGGUGGUAGAAUAUAUUUUUGAGUACUGGAAGCUAAAGAGAAAAAGUAAUUUCAGUAAACCGCUGUUGCCUCCAAAGGAAGGUGAAGAAAAUUGUUUGAGUCAACACAAGGAGGAUCAGAUCCAUUCCAGAAUGAAGAUGUUCAUGCAUCUACGCCAAGACUUAGAAAGGGUGAGGAACCUUUGCUACAUGGUGAGCAGAAGAGAGAAAUUGAAGUUGUCACAGAGUAAAGUGCAAGAGCAACUUUUCAAUUUGCAUAUCCAAUUGAUGAAUCAGCAAAUUGCUGCUGGGCUUCCUUUGACCUUACCGCGAGAAGGACUGAUGUUCCAUGACCCUCCAAGAAUCACAAUAAAACUAAAAACAGCUACAAAACCCUCGCAAAGUGUCAACAGUGAUGCGACCACUACUGCCAAUGGUCCACUGUCCCUAAACAUUGAUGGCAGUUUGUACAGUAAAAACAAUUUGGCAACGCCACAAGGCUCACGAACUAGUGAAAAAAAGUUACAGUCCAAUCACUGGCUGAAACCUGAUGACAGAAGCAAUGGACUGUUGCUGACUGGUAGUCGCCAUAAGCAGAACGUUCAAGCAGGUAGCUCACUGCUAUCCCCCGAAUGUCACGUGCAGCAGACAUCUGGCAAGCCAUCCACGCUUCACAUAACACUACGUGGACAAUCAGCUGAUGCCAAUGGAAAGAUGCGAGACAACAAUAAUCCAGGGUUACUUAAAUCAAAUGGCCUAAGGGGAAGGUCAGGCAUUAUUAUUCAGAGAGACUGUUCCAGUCAAACCUCCUAUGACAAAGUGGCAACUCUUAAAAAUCAUUUUGCCAACCAGGGCACUUUCAGAAAAUCAAAGUUGGGGGAAUUUGGUCAGCCUUGCAAGGACCGAUUGGAUGGUUUAGUGAGGACUUCACAAGACUUUCAAAACUGUGAAAAGCCUUUAAAAAGGGGGUCAGCCAAAGAUCGCCUGUGGAGUAAGCAGCUUUCUGAGCACCAGACAACGGCAGCGUACCAGGAUAAUGAUGGCUACUGCCCUGAUGUUGAAUUGAGUGACUCUGAGACUGAAACUGACAUUCGGCAAGAAAGGAGCAGGCUACGGAAAAGAAAUUCUGAAGAAAAUCCGAACCAAGACUAUGGGAGAGAUUCCCGGUCACGGCAACACAACAAGGACAGCAGAACUAGGUUAAACAUGCUUUGUCACAUUAAUUCAGUACAGAGGUGAUCAAUACUUGAAUGACUGAGGACAUUGUGCUAAAUGUAAUUGAGCCAAUAUUAGUCCUUUUUUUAUAUAUAUAUAUAUAUAUAUAUAUAUAUAUAGCUCUGUAUGGGCAGCAAUAUUUGAAUUUGCUGUAGAUUACACUCCAGAAUGAUCUGCCCCAUGAAUAGAGAUGAAUAACAAGUGUAUUUCUAUCAAUGUUUUUAAAGAUGCAAGUUUUACUUUAAAUGCCUUAAGGUGGUCUUGGGGCAUGAUAACAAUUGAACUAUUAAGGAACAUUUUAAUUGUUUUCCUGGUGACUGGCGUUGUUUUAUUAUUGCAGCAUGUUCUUGGACACAUCCAGCUGCACUGAAAGUUUCUUUUUGUUAAUCUUGUGGGGGGUGGGAACAUAUUAACUACUAAUUGCCUCCAAAAAAGUAGAAGUUUUCCCAGACUGUAAUCACCUUAGCUUGGUGUUUUAUAAUUGCGAAACUCAUAGAAAGUAUGUGUACUCCAUGAAAAGUUUGCAUUGCUGCCAAUUUUUUUAAAAAAAAAUUAUUGUUCUGUCUAGGUGUAUUGUUGCCCAUCAUCUAGGCCACUGAUUUUUGAACUUAAAGUCGCAAUGCGAUUCUUCUUUCUCCACCCCCCUCCCCCCGGCCGCCACCGACCUCCCAGCUUAUCCAUGCCUCUUCCUACUAUCAUUUUCCCCUCCCCAGAACGAAUCACCUUGUGUGGUCCGCAGUGACCUCAGCUCUUUCCAGUUACAGCCAAUUACAAAUUUCAGUUUCUCAAUGUAUAGCAGAAUCUCAUGUUCUACUUAAAAUACUCAGUUAGAUUUUCAUAGCUGAUUGUUUUAGACUAACAUAGUAGUUGCAGUGAACUGCUGUCUAGUCCAGGAAACUAGGGAGGGAAAAUGAGGAGAAUGUGAAAACUUAAUUUAUUUUGCUAAGGAGAGGAAGCACUUGAUUUUUUUUAUAUUACAACAUACACAGGUUUAGAGUGUCUUUAUAUUGGAGAAGAUUAAGUGAUGCGUCGAUGCCACAUCUGACCUAAUAUCCAAAGGUCAAUCCAUACAAUUCCUGCUGCCAUACUUCAAGUUAACUAAAUGGAAAAUUACCUCACAUUUGCGGCUUUUCAUAAUUUUUUUCAAUGUGAGUCCUAUUAGUCAUUAGUGUUAUGUUUUGUUAAUGUUUGCAGCUAUUUGUUUAAUGUCAUUGUACUUUAUUUCUAGUUUUUCUAAUGUUACAACAAAGAAUAUAGUUUGCCUCAGUUAUUCGUUUAAAUGUAAACAGGGAAGACCAAGAUUUGCCACUGUCCAGUUCUUCUAUCAGUAUUUGUAUUUGACCCACGCAACCAAAAGUUUGAAGUUUUACCAAAAAAGUACAUGAGAAAGCAUGAUAGUAAGUAAGUGUAAUAUUCUUUAUUACUGAUGCUAGAAAAUACUAACUUAGUUCUACUGUUUUAAGCACUAAAAUAGUGAAUUUGCACAAGGCAUUAUAUAAUCCAGAAUAGUUUAAAUGCACCCACCCACCUAUUGCAAUGUGUUGUAAAAUAUGUUUCUAGUUUGAAAAAGAUAAUUCAAGCCACAAGUUUCAUCCUAUUCAUGUUCUAUUCAAGCACCAAACAUUUGUUUUGCUGUUUGUCUCUUCUAGACAUCUCUUCUGGGUGUAUGGAACUUUGCGAAAUGGGGUGCAGGGUUACUAAUGUCUCUCAAAAAAAUCCUUCCUCCAUCUUGACCUUGAGAUUUCUGACAAACAUCACCCCAGCAACUUUUCCCCUCUCCUUCUGCCAUUGACCCCUGCCCCCCAGUCCUUUAUUCCUGUUAGAUAUUUGUUCAGUUUAAUGUUCUGUAAUUUCUUUCAAAGUUUUAUAGUUGUACUUUCAUUUUUGGCAUUUCAUGGGACAAAGGGAAGCAAUAGUUCCCUUUUAUAAAUAGCGGGUUUUAGGUGCUCUGAGCAGCAGAAGCCAUCGUGUAACUUUUGCUCCCUCUGCCUCUGGUGAAUAAUAUGCAUGAAAUGUUUUGUGGUGCUACCAGAACAGAUUCUGCUGCAAAUUAACACCAUAAAGCUCUUGGUGUUGUUUCUUGCCUUGGGUUGAGGCAUUUUUUUUAUUUUUGAGGAAAACUUUGCAUCCUUCUUUAGAAGUGAAGGAUAGCCUAAAAUGAUGUUGUUUUAAAACACAUCAUUCGGAGUAAUGGGAGAAAGGAAAGAAAACGGGCUUGUCCUUAAGACAUGUAUGAUAGUUCAUGUGUUCAGAUACACUGAUAAUCGUCUUUAAGUAUGAAUCUUUGUUUCCUAAAUUGUGUUUGUAUUUUCAGUUGUUUUAUAUAUUGAAACUUCUGGAGUUUUGUCACUGACAUUUUCCAGAGCAUCCUCUUUUACAGGUAGUUUUCUGAUUAAAAAAGAUUAGAUAAAA